AUGACUGCGUAUCAGUACGAACCGCUCUUGUCCCCGGACUCCAUCCGGCUGCUGGUCCUCCAACCCUCCGCUUACGACACCGAACUCAGGGGAUCCCUACUGUGCACCACGCUGGCAGAAGCUGACUACGACUUGAUCGAACCUUACACAGCCCUGUCUUACGUAUGGGGAAGUGACGAAAGGCCAUGUUUGAUUUUUCUCGAUGGCAAAGACUUCGCCAUCACACAGUCUCUACAUGACGCGCUGCGUGAUAUGCGUGACGCCACGCGGGCCCGCAGGAUUUGGGCUGAUGCUCGUUGCAUCAACCAGGGUGAUGUGCCGGAACGCAGUCCCCAAGUUAAGCUGAUGGGAAAAAUCUAUGGAAUGGCGCCGAGUACCAUCAUCUACUUGGGGCAAUUGACUGAAGAUGCGGCCAAACUGCUCUCUGCCACAUCAUGGAGAGCUGCAGAGGUUCACCACGAGACGCUUGGCAUGGAUCAAGGGGCUGCGCCUGCCGCAGACAUCCUUGCGAAGCCGAUGGAGGCAAAUGCUCUUGUCAAACCCGCCGCUCGUGAUGUGUUAUCACGGCCUUGA